CUUUCCCUGUUUAAUGGUUUGUACUGUUUUAUAAAGAAAUAUAGGUAAAGAAUAUUAACCGAGCUUCGACAGUCCCUAGCUACAGUAUAAAAGAAAUCUAAGGAAACUAAGGUCAGGGCAUACGAUUCAGGCUGUGUUUAACCCCGAAUAUAAACCAUGUCCCAUGCAUUCUUAAGAAUGUGUCGGAACCAGUAGUUUAUGACAGUAUAGCUGAUGACGCUGUACUAUGUUGCAUAGCAAAACUGCAAAGGCUGGACUUUGGAACUUUCGGCCGCGAGAUGGCAGUAAUGGGGCGGAUCAAGACAAGCAGCUGGGUCGAAGGCGUUCAAAUCAAACUGCCACGUCUAAUGCCCUCGGCAUCCGUCUCCGUGUGAUGGUGUGCCCGAAGUUCAGCCAAGUUUUCCUCACAUUUUCAACUCUACUCUUCUUCUUUUCGUUUGAAUGCAUUAUAUUUACCAUUACAACCGCAGGUCCAGGAAUAUAUGCUUGGAAUUUCAAACCAACCACCUGUAAAGUGGUGACAACUAUUUUCAAUGGAAAUACGACGUGUUACGUGGACUCCAUUGCGGAACAUGGCAUGAAACGUGUCCUGCCCUGUUUGCAAAUCUACGUCACGACGCAGUUUCAAGUACCAGAGAAUGUUACGCAGCGGUCAAAUCGAACUCGGCGGAGUACAUCUUCAUAUUUCGAUUCUUCAGCGGCCAUGUCAGAAAGCGAAAAUCGCGUUAAACGAUCAUCAAAUGAAACGAUGAUGAAUACAAACAGCACAACGAACGCAAGUACUGAUGCAACGCUACCACUUCUGCUAUUUCAAAAUGAAUAUAACUUCGUCGGAGGCGACAAUCUUUACAGGAGGUGCUCCUUUUUGCCCGCCCACUGCCACAGUGAUAUGCGCGUCAUGGUGACCGAACUCUACACUCACGCCGUCACAUGGGGAAAUGUCAAUUCCACUUACCCGUGCUUUCAAAGCGGUGACGCUGUGAUGCUCAGUCGCGUUAUUGGCGUUUCUGACAUCGUGCACGCCAUCGUGUGGCCGCUUUUCGGUAUGGCUCUAAGCACAUCCUUUUGUGUUGCGUUUUGGAAGCGCAAUUACCGCCGGAUGAGUAGGUUGUACAUCUAUAAUAGUUGGUCGGCAUCGUGAUACAAUUAUGCGACUGCCGUCGUUAAUGCACGUUGAAUGCGACUUGCGAUGAAAGGUGAAUCUAUAAAGGAUGAUUGGUCGCCUAAAAUUUGCGCAAGGUUAUUCAAGGUUUUGCGCAAACCAUUUAAGCUUAGCUAGCUUAAUUGUUUUCAAUCAACUAUGCAAUAUGUGUCAUACAAAUUGUAUGAUUAGUCGAACUAUAUAGAAUUUUUCGAUACAAUCAUUUUGCCAACGUUUUGUAUAAACCGUACCUUCAUACCGGAAAAAGGACCUCGGACUGGAAAGAUGUCCUAGAACGAUAAGAGCUUAAUCAUUAUUCUUUCCGGUUGCCACACUUGUUUCCUUAUCUGCAUUAUCUAUAUUAAAGCACUUUGUCUAAAUUAGAUGCUAAAUUUAGGCUGGAAUUCAAAAAUUGUUUUGUUCGCAAAACAAAGCCUUUGUCCCAACAGCGUCAUUGUAUUAACCUACAUGGAAGAAGUGAGAACGUAUCGAUUAUCGAAUUAAAUUUGGCGCGCAGUUUCUAUGUUGCAGAAUAAAAAAUAAAGCGGUUUAAA